AGAGAAGGGGUGGAAUAGAACAGAGAAGGGUGGGGUAAUAAGGCAAAGAGGUAAAAUAUACAAGAGAUCCAUGUGGUUUGCGCGAAGCAAAUCGAAAGUCUCCCACCACUAGUCGCUUAUAGUGUAGCUCGCAAUUCUCGAAGCUUGAUUCUCGAUUCUCGAAGGGGCACACAUGCUCGGCUUCGUUCCCUCGACUUUGUAAGACAUCGGAACCUCCUUCACCGUGGUCCUCAAACGAGCCUCGUACUCCGUCAGGUACACAUCUCUUCGCUCACCUGCAUUCGACUUACUGUCUCCUGUUUAAUUUGUAAGGAAAAGAAAAAAGGAAAAACGGUGAUUGAAAAAAUGAAGUUCACGUGGACGUUGUGCGGUUUGUUGCUGAUCUCCGGUUUUGUUGCUUCCAAUCCAAUAGUAAAAAGAGAUGCCGAAAACGAUCUGAGCCCUUUGAACGAAGUGUACGUAUUCGAGGCUGAUGAGGAUCAAAAAGUUGACGAUGAGAGAACCGACAGAGACAAGAGAAAAAUUGGUAUCGUCAAAUUGGGAGUGUCGAAUGGCGUUAUCAACUUUGUUUUUGGUAAAUUAGAUGCCUUCCUGGAUGCUAAAACAAAAGCGUUGACGGUAUUGGACGAAUCUAAUAAAGCUAAGAACGCAGCUUUUGGUAUAGACAAUAGUCAAUCGGCUACCAGUCAAUUUAUCGGCAAUCUCGUCUCGCAGAAGAUUCAAGCUGGUACGGCCAGUAUUGGUCCAGUGAUAAGCAGUGCCUCGACAUUUUUUAACAGUGCAAAGAGUGGAUUGACCAAUGCGUUCGUUUCGAAAUUGGCGCCAUUGAGUUCUAUCGCCGGUGGUCUUAGUGGUGGAGGUGGUGUCAGCGUUGGAGGAGGAGUCAGUGCAGAUAGUGGCGCAUCUAGUGCAGCAACAUCUCAAUUACUGAGUAACUUGCUCUCUUCGAAAUUAGGAGUUAUAUCAAAUCUGAGCUCUGCUAGUAAUAGUGGAACUUCCGGUUCUUCGAACGGAAAUGGAGCCAGUGGAGCCGGUGCCGCUGCUGGAAUUAAUCUUGGAGCAUUCGCCAAUCUUGGAGGGAAGAUCGAAAGCGGUUCUACAACGACAACAACGGAGGAAAAUAUUCCAAUGUUCGAUAGACAAAAAGUAUCCUUGGAUAUACCGCCACCUGUGUUUGGUUCUGGCUUCACUUUAAUCACAAACAUCAGUAGAAUUCUCAGCAAUAUUAUUCUUAAUUCAGCCCGUCGAACACAGACGCUCUUAGAAAUCUUCAAGCCCUUCUUUCGAGGUGUCUUUGCUAUAAAGGGUUUACCAUCGGAUAAUCCACACUAAUGAAGUUCUUCAUUAAACACGUUGGUGCAUCGUAGAAUCCUGAGAGAAAAGAUUCAAGAUUCGUGAUCGAUUUGCCAUCUCAAAGUAAUUUAGUCGGCUCGAGUACUAUUAUUUCUUCCAUCGAUUUGAUCGUAUCGAUCACAUCGAUCCAAUUUUUUUUUUAUUUUAUGACAUCAUUCGAAUAGGAAUAUAUUUGCAAUGGAAAUUUUACGACCAUGAGAAUCAUUUAAAAAGAAAUAGGCGGAAAAAGAAGUAACAGGAAUAAUAUUUUAAUAAUCUUAUCAUAUUUAUAUAUUAAUAAUAUUAAAAUAUAUAUAUGUAUAUAUAUGUGUGUGUAUAUAUAUAUAUAUAAAUUUGGGUACAAACAGUAAGCUUCCUAAUAUGAUGCCAUAAAGUGUUGAACGAAUGACGAUGCAAUAUUUUUUGUUGUUAUUAUUGUUAUAAUAAAUGAUUUUAUAAUAGAGAAGUCACUAACAAUCGUUGAAAUGUUUUAUAACUAAAUACAUACAUACGUUAUAUAUAUGUGUGUGUGUGUGUGUGUAUAUAUAUAUAUAAAUAUACAUACACAUAUAUACAGGUAUAUAAAGACGAGAAAUCCGUAAAUGAAGGAUAAUGACUUCUCUCAAAUAAAAUCGAUUUAUAAUAAUGUAGGAAGUACCAAAAAGGACAGUACGAGUUAUAGUAUUGUCCAAUUUUCUUUUAUAUUCUUCAGAAAUAAAAUCGAAUAAGGUCUUAGUUUUUAUUAGAACAAACCAACCAAUAGUUUUUUAAGUCUUAACGCUUAACUACGAUAACGAUACUAUAUAUGUAUAUAAACGAUAUGUAGUAUUAUUACGUAAGAUCGUAAGUUAAUCAUUUAGAAGGUACAUUAUAUUACUUUCCUUUUCGCGUGACCACGUAAUGCGGUGAACACGUAUACGAAAAUUCCUUGCAUGUCCAGAUUCGAUCUGAUAAUAAUACCUUUGGAUACUAAAAUUGUAUCGAUAUAUUUCAUAGAGUCAACUAGAAUUAUUGGUUCUUACUAUAAUAACAGUACACUCGUCAUGUUACUCGAAUUUCAAGCGAAGAUAAGAGAAAAAAGAUGAUAUUUUAUUUUGUAAAUAAAAUAAAAUCCAAUCGCGAAUCUUACGAUUA